CCGUCAAAGUUAACGCGGUUGUAUCCCAUUUCACUAGCUCUGUACCUACUCACGAAUAACACCCUCUUAUCUCUUAACACCAAAAAUAUAAAAGCUCUGCCUCCUGGCGUUCCAUAUGCUCUCUGUUUCUCUCUCCCAGAGUAUGUAAGCAAGAGAAUCUCAUUUUCAAACUACCUUUGAACCGAAAAAUGAAGACCUUCUGCAGAUUUUUGGUCGUUUUUUCCCUGGUUGUACUUGUGGAAUCCGCAUGCAACAGUACAGACCAAGAACUGGUCUUCAAGGCUUUCAAAUCAGUCAAUGGAUUUAAUCGUUCUUGGUUUCAGUCUGCAGAUUGGAACUGUUCAAGGCCUCGUAUCACAGAAAUAAGGCUUCCCUCCAGAAAUUUAAGCGGCAUCAUCUCAUGGAGGUUCCUCGGGAACAUGUCACAGUUACGGAUUCUCGAUGUCUCUGGGAACUCUCUGCAAGGGUCUGUGCCUGGUUGGUUUUGGUCCCUUUCAAGGUUGGCAUAUGUUAAUUUGUCCAAGAACCGGUUUGGAGGGAGCAUUGGAUUUGAACCCACCACGAGAAACGGUUCCUUCUCGUCGGUUCAGAUGCUCAAUCUGUCAACCAACAGGUUCACCAAUUUGGUCCGGCUCGGUGGUUAUCCGGAGCUUAGAGUUCUUGACCUUUCGCGCAACAAUUUCCGAGCUUUGCCUUCUGGGUUCGCCAACCUGACCAAGCUGGUGCACCUCAACAUUUCAAGCUGCAAAAUUUCAGGCAAUGUGAAACCCAUCUCGGUUCUUCGGGCAUUAAAAUAUUUAGACGUGUCCAACAACGCCAUGAAUGGUACUUUCCCUUUUGAUUUCCCUCCACUUGGUAGGCUUAACUUCCUGAACAUUUCGCUUAACAAUUUCACACUAGUAGUUGACCCAGACAAGUACCGGAGAUUUGGCAAAUCCGCGUUCAUCCAUUCUGGGACCUCAAUUUUCAAUACUUCCAAAACGCCAAGAAUUGAUCAUGUCCAACCUCAUUCCAAAACCCCGCCUCAUAGUCGCAGACCCGUCCAAAAAAAAAAUCCCGUGAGCAAUAACUCCAUCACUAAAAGCCCAAAAUCAAAAAACAGAGCUCUAGUUCUGGGUCUAUCAUGUGCAUCUGCGUCUGUCUUUAUUUUCAUGGCCAUCUGUCUGGGUUUGUUGUACAGAAGGAACAGACUUGCAAGACAGAACAAAUGGGCAAUCUCCAAACCGGUCCAAUUGCCCUUCAAGUACGAGAAAUCAGGGCCGUUUUCGUUCGAGACGGAGUCGGGCACGUCAUGGGUCGCGGACAUCAAAGAACCAACUUCGGCUCCAGUGGUGAUGUUCGAGAAGCCAUUGAUGAAUCUCACCUUCAAAGAUCUGAUCGCCGCCACUUCACACUUCGGCAAGGAGUCCCAGCUCGCAGAAGGUAGGAGUGGGCCCGUGUACAGAGCCAUCCUCCCGGGAGAAAUCCACGUGGCAAUCAAGGUCCUGGAAAACGCCAGAGACGUCGAUCACGACGAUGCCGUAGCCCUGUUCGAGGACCUUUCCCGGCUCAAACACCCCAACCUACUGCCCCUCUCUGGCUACUGCAUUGCAGGGAAAGAGAAGCUGAUUUUGUACGAAUACAUGUCCAACGGCAACUUGCACCGGUGGCUUCACGAGCUACCGACCGGGGAGCCCAAUGUGGAGGACUGGAGCGGCGAUACUUGGGAGCUGCACCAUGCCUCUGGAUCCCAACUAUCAUCACCGGAGAAAUUGGUAUGGCUCACGCGCCACCGCAUUGCUGUGGGCAUAGCGCGAGGGCUGGCAUUCCUCCACCAUGCCGGAUCCAAACCCGUUGUGCAUGGCCGCCUUGUAGCUUCUAACGUGUUACUAUCCGAGUGCUUCGAGCCACAUAUUAUGGAUUUUGGAUUUCGAAAUAUGAGGACGCAAGAUGCGGGCCAAUGCAGCACGGAGACGGACGUGUAUUGUUUCGGGGUGGUACUAAUGGAGUUGCUAACGGGUAGAGUAGGGUCCGCUGAGACGGUGGUGUGGGUGAGGAGGUUGGUGAGAGAAGGUGUGGGGGCAAGAGCGCUAGACCCGAGGGUGAGACAAGGAGGGGAAGAGCUGGUGAGGGAGAUGGUGGAGAGCCUCCGAGUCGCGUACUUGUGUACGUCGGAAUCACCUGGGAAGAGGCCCACCAUGCAACAGGCCUUAGGUCUACUCAAGGAUGUACAUCCCGCUCACGGUGCGGAUUUCAUUCAUCUCGACCCUGUCUUGUCCCAGCUUCAAGCCACGAGAUAAUUAAGUGCCACCCUCAUGUACUUAAUUUGAAGCGCAUGCGUGCCAACAGAAGCCUCGCAAAGAGGGUAUUGCCUCGAUAAUUACUGCUUUGAUUGAGGCAAUGUGUUUACACCUGUUUGUGACUUUAGACAAUUAUUUUUGUGUCUUGAUUAAAAAACUUGCUGAAUUUUAAAACUUAGAAUGAGAUAUAUUGACAUAUGUUAAUAGGUUUCAGAUUAUUUAUUCAGUAUCUUAAUGUUUUUUCGAGAUA